AAAGUCAGAUAUAUUACAUACACGCUUUAUGACAUAUCCACAAACCCCCACUAGUUCAAAUUCUUAUCCCUUUUACACUUUUCCAGCUACACCACUCUUUCUUCUACUAUUACAAACUUUCAUCAUGGUAGUAGUAGUAGUAACAAAAACAAAACAUUGGUUUUCAUCAUCCAAUCUUAUUGUUCUUGUUCUCUUCAUUUUCAUCUUCCUCAUGUCAAAACCAUGUUUCUGUGGUGGAAUUCAAUAUAUCAGCAAAAUCCCACCUGGUACUCAAUGUUCUCCAUUGGAUUGGAUUGACUUAAAUGGAAAAUUCCUCCUCUCAGAAAACCUAAAUUUUUCUUGCGGUUUUACCUCCACCGCCAACGACGUAACCAAGCAACUAUUAGUAAUCGUCCAUGUAUCAAGCUCCACUGUGGUUUGGACUGCUAAUAGAGCAAAACCUGUUUCUGAUAAUUUUGUCUUUGAUAAAAAGGGUAAUGCUUUUUUACAAAAAGAUGGAAUUUUGAUCUGGUCUACAAACACUAUUAACAAAGGGGUUUCUUCAAUGGUGUUGCAGAAUACUGGAAAUUUGGUUUUACUUGGGAGUGAUAAUAGUACGGUAAUUUGGCAAAGUUUUGAUUUUCCUACUGAUACUUUGUUGUCUGAACAGGUUUUCAAAGAGGGAAUGAAACUUACUAGUGAACCUAAUUCAAAUAAUCUGACCUAUGUUCUUGAGAUUAAAUCUGGUAAUGUUGUUCUUUCAGCUGGUUUCAAAAUUCCACAGGUUUAUUGGACUAUGCAGAAUGAUAACCGUAAAAUCAUUGACAAGUAUGGUCAUGUUGUGGUUUCGGCGAAUCUCAGUGAUAAUUCUUGGAGAUUUUAUAAUGAGAAAAAGUCUUUGUUGUGGCAAUUCGUUUUCUCUGAUAGUGUAGGUUUGAAUGCUAUUUGGAUUGCUGUUUUGGGAAGAGAUGGUGUUAUUACUUUCUCCAGGUUUAAAAGUGAUGGAUCAAUCGGUUAUUCUACGAUAAGGAUACCGCAAGAUCCUUGUGCUACACCGGAGGCUUGUGAUCCUUACUAUAUGUGCACAGGCAACCGUAUGUGUAGUUGUCCUUUUGUUCUUCCUAGUUGUAAACCUGGUUUUGUUUCUGCUUGUGAUGAAAAAUCAGAAAAGUCUAUUGAAUUUCUGAAAGGUGAUGAUGGGCUUGAUUACUUUGCACUUGAUUUUCUUCAGCCCUUUUCAAAAACAAAUUUGGUAGGUUGUCAAACGUCUUGCCGUGGAAAUUGCUCUUGCCUUGCAAUGUUCUUUCAUAAAAGUUCAGGAAACUGUUUCCUGUUGGAAAGUGUAGGAAGUUUUCAGAAAUCUGAUGACGGCGAUUCUGGUUAUGUUUCUUACAUUAAGGUCUCAAGCGAUGGAAUCACAAAAGGAAGUGGAAGCAGCAAUAAACACAUCAUAGUUGUUGUAACUGUCAUAUUAACUUUGUUUGUAAUUUCUCUUCUGCUUGGGGUUAGAUACUACAGGAAGAAAACAAGGUUACCAGAUUUUCCUAGAGAAUCAGAGGAGGACCAUUUCUUGGAGAAUUUAACCGGUAUUCCGAUCCGUUACCGAUACAAAGAUCUCGAAGUUGCAACUAAAAACUUCUCAGAGAAGCUUGGCUCAGGAGGUUUUGGUUCAGUGUACAAAGGAGCUCUACCUGAUGGAACUCAAUUAGCUGUGAAGCAGCUAGAAGGUAUUGGUCAAGGGAAGAAAGAGUUCCGAGCUGAAGUUAGCAUCAUUGGAAGCAUUCAUCACCUUAAUUUAGUAAGGCUCAAAGGUUUUUGUGCUGAUGGAACACACAGGCUUCUAGUUUAUGAGUUUAUGGCUAAUAACUCAUUGGAUAAAUGGAUAUUCAAGAAGAAAAAAGGUGAAUUUCUUUUGGAUUGGGAUACAAGGUUUAACAUAGCAGUAGGAACAGCAAAAGGGCUAGCUUAUUUACAUGAAGAGUGUGACUCAAAGAUUGUUCAUUGUGACAUCAAGCCUGAAAAUGUACUCCUUGAUGAUCAUUUCACAGCUAAAGUUUCAGAUUUUGGUUUAGCCAAGCUCAUGAAUAGAGAACAAAGUCAUGUUUUUACAACAAUGAGAGGAACACGCGGCUACCUUGCACCUGAGUGGAUAAAAAAAUAUGCAAUAUCAGAGAAAAGUGAUGUAUACAGCUAUGGAAUGGUGUUGCUGGAGAUUAUAGGAGGAAGGAAUAAUUAUGAUACUAAUGAGAGUUCAGAGAAAAGAUAUUUUCCUAGUUAUGCUUUUAAGAUGAUGGAAGAAGGGAAAAUGAGAGAUAUACUUGAUCCUGAGCUACAAAUUGACGAGCAUGAUGAUAGGGCUCAAUGUGCUAUAAGGGUUGCAUUGUGGUGUAUAAAAGAAGACAUGUCUAUGAGACCUUCAAUGACUAAAGUUGUUCAAAUGUUGGAAGGUCGUUGUGCUGUUCCUAUACCUAGUGAAGGUGGUAACUCUUCUGGUCCAUCAGAUAGUAAUAGUGAAGGUCUAUCAGCAGUUCGUCUUUCUGGCCCAAGAUAACAGCAACAACAACAACACUAUGAUUUUUCUUUUUUAUUUUUGGAUAUUUUGAUUUAGUAUAAUAUUGUAAUAUUGAAGUGAGCGGGUCUCAGAGGCCACAUCAUCAUACGUCGUUGAUAUUAAAUGUAGAUCAACACGCAGUAUACAUAGCUCACAUUCAUUAAUUCAUAAACAUUUGGAUUUCCAAUGAUAUACGGAAAUCCACAUAAUCUGUGGACGAAUGCCCACAACAUAUAGUUCAACCGACUAAUUUGUCUUAA